UCACCGCCAAGAGCCUACGCUAACUCCAGCACCAACAGCAUAAACCCUAUAAAUACCACGCGCGUCCGCCCCCUUCAAUGCCAAGUCAAGCAAACAAAUCCAAACCAAGCCAAGCAAGGAGCGCUGCCAAGCAAGCUUACUAAGACUGUCUACUCCGUCUGCAUCCAGCAUCCACCGGUCACUUUUCUCUCUCACCAAUGGCGGCCGUGAACAAGUCCGUCGACCGGCUGGUGCAACGCCUGGUGGCGCCGUCCGAGUCCACGCCGGUCGGUCCGCUCCGCCUGUCCUGGCUUGAUCGGUACCCCACCCAGAUGGCGCUCAUCGAGUCGCUCCACGUCUUCAAGCCGGCUCUUGACCGGCAUUUUGACGGCGGCGACGACGCUGGCCCGGCGAGGACCAUCGAGCGGGCUAUGGCGCGGGCCCUGGUGCAGUACUACCCGCUCGCGGGACCUCUGGGGUUCACGGAGGAAGGUGGGCUGCUGCAGGUCGACUGCGGCGGCGAGGGCAGCGGCGUCUGGUUCACGGAGGCCGCGGCCGGUUGCGCGCUCGAGGACGUGGAGUACCUGGAGCACCCCAUGAUGAUAGCCAAGGACGAGCUGCUCCCGCCCACGCCCGCCCAGGAGGAGGACGAGCGCAAGCUUGUCCUGCUCGUCCAGGUUACCACCUUCGCCUGCGGCGGCUUUGUCGUCGGCUUCCGCUUCAGCCACGCCGUCUCCGACGGCCCCGGCGCCGCGCAGUUCAUGGCCGCGGUGGGGGAGCUCGCCCGCGGCAGCACAGUAGAAAGCCUGGCGGUGGAGCCGCAGUGGGGCCGUGAGGCCAUCCCGGACCCGGCCGGCGCCGUCGUCGGCAGCCUGCCGAGCCCUGCGGGCGCCAAGCGGCUCGAGUACCUCGCCAUGGACAUCUCCGCGGACUACAUCAACCACUUCAAGUCGCAGUACAACACGGAGCACGGCGGCUCGUGGUGUUCGGCGUUUGAGGUGCUGGUGGCCAAAGCGUGGCAGAGCCGCACGCGCGCGGCGGGGUUCGAACCGGACUCCACCGUCCACCUCUGCUUCGCCAUGAACGCCCGGCCCCUGUUGCACGCCUCGCUCCCGCGCGGCAGCGUAGGCUUCUACGGCAACUGCUACUACAUCAUGCGCGUCUCGGCGCUCGCGGGCAAGGUGUCCGGCUCCUCGAUCCCCGACGUGGUGAAGAUCAUAAAGGACGGGAAGAGGCGGAUGCCGUCAGAGUUCGCACGGUGGGCGAGCGGGGAGGCCGGCGCCGACGGCGGCGAGGACCCGUACCAGAUCACGUCGGACUACCGGACGCUGCUGGUAUCGGACUGGACGCGGCUCGGGUUCGCGGAGGUGGACUACGGCUGGGGUCCGCCGGCGCACGUCGUGCCCCUGACGAACCUGGACUACAUCGCGACGUGCAUCCUGGUGAAGCCGUGGGCGCACAAGCCCGGGGCGCGGCUCAUCACCCAGUGCGUCACGCCCGACCGUGUCGCCGCCUUCCACCAAGGAAUGCUCGACAUGAACUGACCGGAGCUGACUGGAGCGGAAGAAGAAGUGAAGCCGAAGGCAAAAGGAUGCGUACGUAGGUCUAAGCAUUACUCGUGAUUAGACAUAUACUAUAUGGUUGCUUUGGAUUGGUUGAUGGGAUGGAUUGAUUCAUGGUGUGUAGUCUCACUGAAAAUGAGCUUUGAUCCUGACUUUGAGGAGUCGAUCAGGACUUGUGCAAGUUGCAAGUUGCUCAAUAAAAUGAACCAAUUUUUCUUAA